AACCGAUGCCCAUGCUCUUAGGUUAGUUAGUGGAGAGAGUGUUCAAAAUGAAACCAGUUUCUUCUAGGAAUUGUCUUCUUUACGCCACUUUUUUCCCCUCCAUUUGGGGAAAGUUUGAUUGUGUUUGAGGAUCCUUAUCAACCAAUUUCUCAUCACAAGGGUUUUGGUUUAAAAAAGUUGAUUCAAGAAGCUGUUGAGAGAAAAUGACCGGAAGGAGUGAGGAAGAUCCAUUCACAAAACCCAUUGGAAGAUGGUCUGUCUUCUUCUAUGGAGUUGGACAUAUGCUUAAUGACAUUACUGCUUCUUGUUGGUUCACUUACCUCCUCCUUUUCUUGACCCAAAUUGGUCUCUCCCCUAGAGAUGCAGCCAUUGUUAUGCUUUCUGGCCAAGUUGCUGAUGGGUUUGCUACUAUCUUCACUGGUGAAUUGAUAGAUAGGUUUGGGCAUUUCAAAAUUUGGCAUGCUGCAGGAUCAUUACUGGUUGCAAUCUCUUUUUCCUCGGUUUUUGGAGGUUGUCUGCCUUGUUCCAUCCUUCAUAAUGACUCUUUAACCCUCGAAACCUUCUCCUACAGCAUGUUUGCUGCUAUAUUUAACAUAGGAUGGGCUGCUACUCAAGUUUCCCAUAUGGCUAUGGUUAAUUGCAUUUCAUUGAACUCAACAAGCAGAGUAGCUUUAACAAGCUGUCGUAACGCUUUUACUAUGGUUGCUAACCUUGGCUUAUAUGCAAUUGCUUUAGUAGUAUUUGGUGUAAUUAAGGCUGGAUCAAAAGAAGAUACCGAAACACAGUAUCGUUGGAUUGCAUAUUCAUCUAUCUCAAUUGGAUGCUGCUUUGUUAUCAUAUUUCUUAUGGGGACUAAAGAGCCAAGGCUUAGGCUAGAUUUGAAAGAAACUUGCCGAGUGAGAAUACCGUGGGUCUAUUGGUUCCGGAAACUUCUAUACUAUCAAGUCGCUAUGGUUUACCUCCUCACUCGACUUGUAUUGAAUGUUUCUCAGGCUUAUCUUGCAUUCUUCGUUAUUGAUGAUUUGCAAAUGGAUCAAUCCGCUAAAGCUUUGGUUCCUGCAAUUAUCUAUAUCUGCAGCUUUGUUGUAUCGGUUCUGCUUCAGGAGAUUCCAUGGAAUGGGAGACGCUUAAAGGCGUAUUAUACAGCUGGUGGUGUUAUUUGGAUAUUCUGCGGUGCAGCAAUUCUUCUAUUGCCUAGAAACAUAAGUUUUUUCAUGUAUGCUAUAUCCGUCUUUAUUGGCAUCGCGAACGCAUUAAUGAUGGUUACAGCAAUCAGUAUGCAGAGUGUGUUGAUUGGUGCAGAAGUCGGUGGAUGCGCAUUUGUCUGUGGUUCGUUAAGCUUCUUAGACAAGAUGUCUUGUGGGCUUGCUCUAUAUGUUCUUCAGUCACACCAGAGUACUUCACCAAGAACUCAACUAAACAACCACCAACAAAGUGCUUACCUAUCGGUUACAAGAUACGGUUUAGGUCUUGUUCCAGCGUUUUGCUCGUUUGUUGGUGUCACUGUAACGUUCUUUAUGGAGCUUGGAGCUGAUGGAUCACUGUCGAAGCCCCUGCGUGAGCCGUUACUAGAAUGACGAAAUGGUCAUUUACGGUUAAACCACUAAAAUGCUUUGAUUGUUUCUUUUGAACAUGUUUGAUUUUCAGGUCCACUAAUCUCUUACAAUACACGGAGUUUAUCAGAUUCUUGAGACGACGAUUUUGUACAUAGGGGGAUAGAGAUCACAGUGUAAGUGUGACAUCAAUUACUUGUAUCUGAAGAAAACAUGAAUCUAAAUCUGGGAUCUGGAGUUUGAUUUAUUUGGUUUUUCUUACCAUUUGUAAUAUUCACAAAGAUGUUUUAUAUUUUUGAAAAUUUAACACAAUCUUUGAUUGCGACA